UUUUGUGUUAUGUAUCUUAAUGGCCAUUCGAUUGUGUAUAUUUAAUAGCUCAAUGAUAACUGAUUCAUCUUCAAUAGUAAAAGCAACUUUUCAAAGUUUACUUUUAUUAUUCUUACUAUGUUUGAUCAUUUAUUUCAACAAUAAAUUGAAGAAAGCAGCAUUUGUGCAUAAUAUUCUCUUCAUUAGACAGUGGUUGAUGUUUCACUGCACAUUUUACACAUUAUCUUCUACUUUAUUGUUUUAUUGUCUAUUUACAUAUCCAUGUAAAAUUAUAAUUGCUACAGCUGUUAUUAUUAUUGUUAUGGAAAUAUACCAAAUACACAUAGUUAAAAGAUUUUACAACAAUGAAUUGGAACACUUGGCCACCUCAAAUUGUAACAUAGACAAACAAAGUGUAAUACCAAUAUUUCCCAGAGGUUAUUGAAGAUAUAAGAUUUAUUCAAAUGGAGGAAAUUAGUGAAAAAUAUACCCAAUAUAAAUGUAUCAAAAUGUCAAACUAAAUUACUAUAUUUCAUAAAAAAUGUAUUAUAAUUA